AGGUACGUACGUUAUGUUGUGUUUGGUGUGGUGCUGGCUAAGGUUGAGUCACGAGAUCCGUAUUUUAUUUGUUAAAAUAAGUCCUAAUAGAUAUACCGAAUCAGUUCAGUUUCGCAGUAACAAAUUGGAAUUUGGCUGGUGCAGCUCACGAUUUACUAGAUACGCACAAUUUUACGUGAUGAAGUCCAGCCGUACUUUCACGGUGCUGCUGUUGUCGGUGGCAAUAUCCAGCUAUGCGCUGGCAGAAAAUGUGCCCGUGUUCAUCUGGGGCAAAUCAUCCGUGUCGUAUGUUCCUGCCUUACCGCAGUAUGCAACAUCAGAGUUUGCUGCUUUGGUCGAGUCCCAAGUGAACGCGGAAACUUUUACGGUUGUUUUUGUUGAGGAACAGUUAUCAACCGAAGAUUUGACUCUAUGCAAGCUGAACACUCAGACAUGUUUCCGUAAUUUAGCAAAGGAGGAACGCAAAAGUUACCUCCCGAAUGUACAGGAACCAUUAGCCGCUUUCGAAAACGUCCAAAGUGUUGAUAUGUUCGAAGAUGGUAAUCUUAGCGAAGAAAUUGUACCUCAAGGUGGGGCAGCUGUCAUUGUUAGUCUGCGCGGUAAUGAUUUUGCGUCACAUGAUGCGCUCAUUAGUAACUUAUAUAAUCGCCUACGAGAAAAGUCAAAAAAUAUCCUAGCGAUUUACACUGGAAAAACGACGUCUUUCCGCUACUCGACCCUUAUUCGUCGUACGCGACAGGUUAAACAGGACACUACGGAGGUAACACGAACGGUUUUAACCGCACCGAACGACUUCAUUAUAGCUUAUGAAAGCUUCAAAGCUGGUUCCGAUGAGCAGACUCCAACGGAAGUGGUACUGACCUCGGCUACUAAAAGCAACGACAACAAAACUGAUGAAAAUUUUCAAAUCGAUAUCGCGGGUCCUAGUGGUCAACUCAAAUUGAAUUUCAUGCUUGCGCAGGGAUCAUGGGAAAUAGUUGGUGUUGCAUACGAUAAUGUCCCCUACUAUCUGCGGCAUCGCGUGCAUGUAAAUCAGCAUUUUUCCUAUCAUUGCAAUAGGUUGGAAUAUUAUACGGCCGAUCAUAAAAGUCAAAUUGUUUUCGAAGAGGUUCAGCUUCAACCGUUCUUCGAAGAAAAUGUAGAAAAAUUCGACUUCGGUGAUUCCUGGGACUGCGUAGGUUUCACUUCACCAGGAAUUUUAACCGGAUUGUUUUUGGUGGCAAUUUUCAUCAUUAUUGGAAGCUACGGAAUUACUUGGAUGAUGGACAUUCGCACCAUGGAUCGGUAUGACGAUCCGAAGGGUAAAACUAUUACCGUUACUGCUGCCGAAUAAUCCUCUUGAAGGGAAAUCGUACAGCCGCGUCAUUCGCAGCAUUGUGUCCAGAUGAUGAUUGUUUUAUGCGAAAACUUGUUUAGGUAGGACAUUAAUCAUUGUUGGCAAAAUAGAAAAUUCUUUAAAAUGUAAAAAUAA